AGGGUGGAAAAAUACAGACCCAUGAAACUUUGUGAAAUAGUUGGAAAUGAAGACACCGUGAGCAGGUUGGAGGUCUUUGCAAAAGAGGGGAAUGUCCCAAAUAUUAUAAUUGCUGGGCCCCCAGGAACAGGGAAAACCACCAGUAUCCUCUGCUUGGCUCGUGCUCUGCUUGGUCCUGCAUUAAAGGAUGCUGUUUUGGAGCUGAAUGCCUCAAAUGACAGGGGCAUUGAUGUUGUGAGAAACAAAAUCAAAAUGUUUGCCCAGCAGAAGGUCACACUGCCAAAGGGUCGACACAAAAUAAUCAUCCUGGAUGAAGCAGACAGCAUGACAGAUGGAGCACAGCAAGCCUUGAGAAGAACAAUGGAGAUUUAUUCCAAAACCACACGAUUUGCACUGGCCUGCAAUGCCUCAGACAAAAUCAUAGAGCCUAUCCAGUCCCGGUGCGCAGUGCUGCGUUACACCAAGCUCACAGAUGCACAAAUCCUUGCCAGGCUACUGAAAGUUGUUGAGAAGGAAGAUGUACCAUAUACAGAUGAUGGACUAGAAGCCAUUAUCUUCACAGCCCAAGGAGAUAUGAGACAGGCAUUGAACAACUUACAGUCCACACACUCUGGAUUUGGCUUCAUAAACAGUGAAAAUGUCUUCAAGGUCUGUGAUGAGCCUCAUCCUCUGCUUGUGAAAGAAAUGAUACAACACUGCAUAAAUGCAAAUAUUGAUGAAGCCUACAAGAUUCUUGCUCACCUGUGGCGACUUGGAUACUCUCCAGAAGAUGUGAUUGGCAACAUCUUCCGUGUGUGUAAAACCUUUCAAAUGCCAGAAUACCUGAAACUGGAAUAUAUCAAGGAGAUUGGGUACACUCACAUGAAGAUAGCAGAAGGUGUGAACUCCCUGCUACAAAUGGCUGGGCUGCUGGCCAGGCUGUGUCAGAAGACCUUAGCCCCUGCAGCAAGUUAGGCACCUCCCAGAGCUGAGGGGAGAGCCUGGUGUGUGAGGGCAGCAGAGCUGUGCCUGAC